AGGCCCGCCCGCCGCUCCUCACAGGCCGCCGCCGCAGCCAUGGCGGAAGUUCAUAGACGUCAGCAUGCUCGGGUUAAAGGAGAAGCCCCCGCGAAAGGCUCCACACACAGAGAUGAGAAGGAGCUGGGGAUGGCGCCGGCCGAAACGCUGACGGUGUUCCUGAAGCUUUUGGCCGCGGGCUUUUACGGCGUGAGCUCCUUCCUCAUCGUGGUGGUGAACAAGAGCGUGCUCACUAAUUACAGAUUUCCCUCCUCACUAUGUGUUGGACUUGGCCAGAUGGUGGCCACAGUGGCUGUUCUCUCGGUGGGAAAGGCGCUCAGAGUAGUCAAGUUUCCGGACUUUGACAGAAAUGUACCUCGAAAGACGUUUCCACUACCUCUACUAUAUUUUGGGAACCAAAUCACGGGACUGUUCAGCACGAAGAAACUGAACUUGCCAAUGUUUACCGUUUUAAGAAGGUUCUCUAUCUUGUUUACAAUGUUUGCUGAAGGAGUUUUACUCAAGAAGACUUUUUCUUGGGGCAUCAAAAUGACUGUAUUUGCAAUGAUCAUUGGCGCCUUUGUAGCUGCCAGCUCCGACUUGGCAUUUGAUCUGGAAGGAUAUGUCUUUAUCCUGAUAAAUGAUGUCUUGACAGCAGCAAAUGGUGCAUACGUAAAACAAAAAUUAGAUUCAAAAGAGCUGGGAAAAUAUGGCCUGCUCUAUUAUAAUGCACUGUUCAUGAUUCUGCCCACUUUGGCCAUUGCAUAUUUCACAGGAGAUGCGCAAAAGGCAAUGGAUUUCGAAGGCUGGGCUGAUAUGCUUUUUCUUCUGCAGUUCACACUCUCCUGUGUGAUGGGGUUUAUCUUAAUGUACGCCACAGUACUCUGCACCCAGUAUAAUUCUGCUCUUACAACUACAAUAGUUGGCUGUAUUAAGAAUAUAUUAAUAACUUAUAUUGGAAUGGUCUUUGGUGGAGAUUAUAUUUUCACAUGGACAAACUUCAUUGGUUUAAAUAUCAGCAUUGCUGGUAGCCUGGUGUAUUCUUACAUCACUUUUUCUGAAGAGCAGCUGAGCAAACAGUCAGAGGCCAGUAACAAGCUGGACAUUAAGGGAAAAGGAGCAGUAUGACCAGUGGAUUGCUUCAACU